AUGGAACUCCAAGCGCGCGCCAGCAACACCGACUUCCACCGCGACCCGUACGGCUACGUGCCGACGGAAUGGAUAUGCAUUCUCUUCAUCGUGCUCUUCAGUCUCUCCGCUAUCGUGCACGCCGGGCAAGCGACAUACACCCGGCUCUUCUGGCUGUUCCCCACCAUCUGCACGGCCGGCAUCCUCGAGAUCGUCGGCUGGAGCGGCCGCCUCUGGUCUAGCAAGAACAUCCUGGCGAAAAGCCCCUACCUCAUGCAAAUAGUCACGACGAUUAUCGCGCCGACGUUCCUCGUCGCGGCCAACUUUGUCAUCCUCGGCCAGAUGAUCCGCCGCCUCGGCCAGUGCUACAGCCGCAUCAGUGCAAAGUGGUAUACCAUCAUCUUUUGCAGCUUUGACGCCAUCGCGCUCAUCAUCCAGGCUGUCGGCGGUGCGACCGCGGCUACUGCCGUAGACCAGAACAAGAACCCGAACAAGCGAGAGACUCACGCGGACACCCAGGGCGGCCACAUCAUGCUGAUUGGCAUCGUGAUUCAAAUGUUUGGCAUCACGGUCUACAUGGCGCUCGCGGCGGAGUUUAUCCUGCGCUACUUGUACGACCGCCCGGUGCGCGCCUCGGGCGACAGGCCGCUCGCCGCGUUCAGCUUCGACAGGAAGCACAAGCUCAUGCUCGCCGGGCUGACGUUCAGCAGUAUCUGCAUCUACAUCCGGUCUGUCUACCGUACGAUCGAACUCGCGAAUGGCUGGACAGGGUACAUCAUCCACACGCAGCGGUACUUUGACUGGCUCGACGGCGGCAUGAUCACGCUGGCCAUGUUCACCGUCAACUUCUUCCAUCCGGGCUUCCUCCUCGGGCCCGCGCGCACCUGGGCGACAGGCAAGGAGGUCGACAUCCCGCUCAAGCAGAUGGACAGCGACAUCGCGUAG